UCUUAGUUCAUUAAAACAACCGUAGCACAGAUAAUGAAGGCCAAAGACAGCAGCAGAGAGAGCCCAGGCUGGCAUCGGUUACACUGUGGAGUGGUGUGUCUCGUCGAGAACAAGUCCGCCCGCUCCUACUUCCUACGUCUCUACUGCGUCACGCGUGCCAAGUUACUGUGGGAGGAGGAACUGUACAUUCCAUGCAAGUACACCGCGAGCUGURCGUACUUCCACACUUUCCCUGCAGAAGCCAGUCAUGUUGGCUUCAACUUUGCCAAUGAAACAGAGGCAGAGGAAUUUUACUCAGCAGUGCAGGCCAUUCAUCAAAAGAUGACCACUAUGAUCAACAUGACAAAAAAGRAAGUAGURAGCCUUUCAGCCRGCAAUCWACCYACUUUAAAAGAAACAAAAAGUGAACGCUUCUAUGAGGAACCAACCCCCUCCACAGCUCCUCUGACCACAAGUUCAUUGAAGUUUUUAGACCUGGACCCGGCCAUGAUCAGCCUGUUGAUGCAGGCAAAACUCUCCGAGGAGGACUUAAGAAACAAAGACGUCACUGAGGUUGUCGACUGCAUCAUCACACAGUUUGGAGGAUUAAAAGCUGUGCAGACAGAGUUAAGGAGAAAAAGCACAGGCUCAAAGACAUUGCCCAGGAUGUCAGGGUCGUCCAUCACAGCUGCUCUGCAGAAAGGACCUUUACCACCAGUUCCUCCCGUUAAAACAGCCACCAACUCUCAGCAGAUGUCUCAAGAUACAUGUGUUCAGAAUACGAAUCCACCUGACUCUGUGUCUUUCACUCCACCUUCCCCAAGAGCAGGGAGAUUGAGGAGUGCAAGUUUAAAAGAUGUGAGCUCCUCGGCAGCCCUGGAAGCAGCAGAAGGUAUGGAUCCCAUCAUAGUCGCUCUGAGAGAGGCCUUCAAACGGAGGAAGAUGCUCCUGCAAAACACAAGUGAAGGUSYUGAUGAAACUGGGCCACAAACAAACUAAAAAAAAAACUUUAAAAACCUGGAAGGUGAUGRAAAUUUUCCACAGCAGAUUUUAAACACAUUCCAKAUUAUUGCUGAUGUGCUUUUAUGUAUGUUUAUGUUCUGUUACUUAUGUUUUCAUUUGAGCCGUGUGCGUAUUUCCUCUGUGCCACUUGUCAUUCAGUCCUUCCUGCCAUGCCCACUCUCACCUGUUUCCAGUCUUUCUCCAGCCCUGAUGUGUCCACUUCCUCAUCAGACCUGGUCUUUAUAUGCYGUUAGUUUCACUUGUUUCUCAGCAGAGCAUUAGUGUUUUCUUACUAAGCCCUGGGGUCAUCAUACCCUUUAUUUUAGUGUCUCCUUGAGACUUCUUGUGCUUCCAUGUGCUUGUUUUUCAGUUCRUUUGUAAGUUUGCUGCCAUAUCAACAUUUUUUAAAUAAAGAGUAAUAUAAUGUUUUUAUGAAAGCUCCCUGUGUCGAUCUGAG